AUGAUUUUUUAUGUGACCCGGAUGCUGAAAUCCGCACAGGACAAGGAGAAGCCCAUGGCAGUGCGGCAAUCCAAUAUCCUCGCAGCUCGGGCUGUCGCUGAUGCCAUUCGCACGACCAACGAUGGAAACACCAUGCUGAGGGACAUGAGCGUGAUGCAUCCAGCUGCUCGUAUGCUGGUUGAUCUCAGUGCCGCACAGGACGUUGAGGCUGGUGAUGGCACUACAUCGGUUGUUGUCAUUGCUGGUAGCCUGCUGGGAGCUGCUGAGAAGCUGCUCUCCAAGGGUAUUCACCCCACGGUCAUCUCCGAAUCCUUCCAGCGCGCCGCCGCUGCCGCUGUCGAGAUCCUCCACAACAUGUCUCGCCCUAUCAACCUCACCGACCGUGCUACCCUCCUCCAAGCCGCCUCAACCUCCCUUUCUUCCAAAAUUGUCUCUCAACACUCCAGCUUGCUGGGCCCUAUGGCCGUUGACUCAGUCCUCAAGGUUGUUGACCCCAAGACCGCUGAGAACGUCGAUUUGCGCAACAUUCGCAUCGUAAAGAAGGUUGGAGGUACAAUUGAGGACAGUGAGAUGAUCGACGGCUUGGUGUUGAACCAGCCCGUCAUUAAGAGCAGUGGUGGGCCCACAAGGAUUGAGAAAGCUCGGAUAGGCCUUAUCCAAUUCCAGCUGAGCCCGCCCAAGCCAGACAUGGAGAACCAAAUUGUCGUCAAUGACUACCGUCAGAUGGAUAAGAUUCUGAAGGAAGAGCGCCAAUAUUUGCUGAACAUGGUCAAGAAGAUCCAGAAGACCAAGUGCAAUGUUCUUCUUAUCCAAAAGUCCAUCCUUCGUGAUGCCGUUAACGAUCUGUCAUUGCACUUCCUUUCUCGCCUGAAGAUUCUGGCCAUCAAGGACAUUGAGCGUGAUGAGGUGGAGUUCCUGUGCAAGACUCUCGGCUGCAAGCCCGUGGCCAAUGUCGAUUCUUUCACCGAGGACAAGCUCGGUACUGCCGAUCUUGUGGAGGAAGUUCAGGCCUCUGGUGCGCGCUACGUUAAGGUCACCGGCAUCAAGCAACAGCCGAGUACUGUCAAUAACCAGACCGUUUCCAUUGUCGCCCGGGGUGCCAACAGCCUCAUCCUCGACGAGGCCGAGCGCUCUCUUCACGACGCUCUCUGUGUUAUUCGUUGUCUGGUGAAGAAGCGUGCUAUGAUUGCAGGUGGCGGUGCUCCUGAGAUCGAAGUCGCUCAUACCCUUGCCAUGCGGGCUCGUGAGCUUACUGGCACUGAGGCUAUUUGCUGGAAGGCCUUUGCCGAUGCUAUGGAAGUCAUCCCCACUACGCUUGCAGAGAAUGCUGGUCUGAACUCCAUCAAGGUUGUGACCGACCUGCGUCACCGUCACGCUCAAGGUCAGCACAAUGCCGGCGUCAGCAUCCGCAGCGGCGGUGUCAAGGAUGAUAUCACCGAGGAGAACAUCUUGCAGCCUCUGCUAGUCAGCACCAGUGCCAUUGAGCUGGCUGCCGAGACGGUGAAGAUGAUCAUGAGAAUUGAUGACAUUGCUCUGUCGCGGUAA